CAAUUGAUUCGUUUUAAACAGCGAUUAUUUAGAACAUAGAGAUUCUCGUAAAACCACUAGAAGCUUUAUGCAUAAUCCUCGAUUUUCCUGUAAAAUACGCCUUAUACAGAGGGUUUAAGAUCUCCAGUCGUAGAAGUGCUAUGUUUCCAAACACAUCUGUCGCUCGGAACUGCGGCACAUUCCGCCGUGUAAACAUUGCCACGGCGGCCUCUCUAUCGCCAGCUCUCUCCCGACCCGAUCGUGGGUUAUUAAUAGACCCCCGCCUGAGCGUUAGACGCCGGAUCCCCGAUCGCUGAGCUCCUCCGGCAGUCUCUGCUCGGCGUUCUAGCGGCCAGGAACAGCGAUCUGCGAUCCGCGCUGCGGGCAAUGCAUCCCCGUCGCCAUGAGGCCCAUCUAUCAGCAGGAGCAGCCGCUCUUCUACCAGCGGCCAGCUAAUCUCCGCCGCCUACGUCAUCCGCCGGGCACCGUCUACGGCCGCAGCUACUCGCUCGAGGAUCAGCCCGAGGAUGUGGUCCCCGUCUAUCCCAAGUUUAUCUACGCCCCGCAGCAGCAGCAGCAAAGGGCUGCGUAUCCACUGUACCAGCUGGGCGACUCGCUGAGCUCGCUGGAGAGCGACUUCCCCGAGAACGAGUACGGUGGAGCCUACGUAGUGGAGCAGAAUGUUCCGCCCACGCCCACACCCAAGGUGGUCCAGAAUCUCAAUGCCCUGGGGCGACUCUUGGAGCUGCUGCAGCGCUGCCCGCUGCCGUGUCUCUCCUUCAACACCGCCUGCAUCUGCUCGCUGCUCGUCAUAUUCCUAGCACCGCGCACUUGUGCCCAGAGUUUACUCUUUCCCGCUUUCAGAUUGUUCUGCGGCACCCUGUACCCGGCCUACGCCUCCUACAAGGCCGUCAGGACCAAGGAUGUCAAGGAAUAUGUAAAAUGGAUGAUGUACUGGAUUGUCUUUGCAUUUUUCACCUGCAUCGAAACAUUCACGGACAUCUUCAUCUCCUGGCUGCCGUUCUACUACGAGGUGAAGGUGGCCCUGGUCUUCUGGCUCCUCUCGCCGGCCACUAAGGGCAGUUCGACGCUGUAUCGCAAGUUCGUGCACCCCAUGUUGACGCGCCACGAACAGGAGAUCGACGAGUACGUGAACCAGGCCAAGGAGCGGGGCUAUUCGGCGGUCCUGCAGCUGGGCUCCAAGGGAGUCAACUAUGCCACCAAUGUGCUCAUGCAGACGGCCAUCAAGGGUGGCGGCAACCUGGUGCAGACGAUCAAGCGGAGCUACAGCCUCAGCGAUCUGAGCGAGCCGGACAUGCACCGCACGCAGGACGAGAUGGACGCCGUGAUGAUGUCCUCGAUGGCCUCGUCGGCGGUGGUCAUGCGUUCGCCGUCCACGGGCGCUCGUAUCCUCAGGCCACGGAACCAAACGCCAGUGGGCAGAUCCGGCAGUGGCACCCGCCACUCCACUGGCAUGUACUUCACGGAGGUGGACGUGACCGCCAAGAACGCGGGCGAUUUCAACUACAACAUUCGCAGCCAGGAUGACAUCAGCUCCGGCUACUCGAGUGCCGAGCCCGUGAGCGGUCUCAGUCGCACCUCCUCCAUGACGAAUGCUUCCAAGGGUCGGGCCAAGUCCAAACGCAAUGAGCAGUUGCUGGAGGAGAUGAGGGACGAGGUCUACUUAGAGAACCAGCUGUACUUUCAAGGUGUGUGCGGGGAGAACUCGGUUCCAGCGGCCCAGGAACUGAAGAUUGUGGAGAGCUUUGAAAGAAUCCCGUUUCGGGAGGAGGUGGUGAAGGAGGAAGAGCAAAAAGAUGUCGCGGAGGAUGAGGACUUCUUUGAGGCCUUGCCCUUGAUAGAGGAGGAGAUUUAUGAAGUAGAGAUAUCACAAAAUAAUUUCACACAAGAGGAGGAGUUUGAAGACGCAUUGUUUGAAGAACCAAAUCAACUAGACGCAGCUGAAGUGGAUGCCAAAACGUUCAAUGAUUUGGGCGCGGAGGUAUCUGUUGAGAAGUUACAAAAUCAGAAUACGAAUGGAUUCGCUGGCACCACUGAACCUCACCAAAGCAAACCAUAUGUCCAAGCACCCAUAGAUCCCUUUUUGUUGGUUUUGAGCACAUCUGCAUCCGCACCAGACCCCUUUCUGCCCGAGCGACAGCGCCCGAUGUCGCCGCGUGAAAUGCUGGCCACCCUGGAGGAGAUUAAGCACAGUUUCCGCGCCCAACUGGAACCAGAGCCCUCCAAAUCGAGCUCGCCGUCGCCCGCCCUGCGACCCAGGGCCAAUCAUGGCAAGGGGCGGGCUCCACCUCCGCCCCUGCCGCCGAAGAGGCACUCGUUGAGUCCCCAACCGGACGCCAUCAGCCAGACGUCGACGGGCAGCGUGGAGCGCAAGUCAGGACAAAUCCAUGUCUGCUAGCUGCACCACUUUGCCCCGGUCGAGCAGCCGGAAAUCGGAGAGAUCCCAGGUGGGUGGCACCGCCACUGGUCAGGUCAAAAUGCGCAACAAGUCGGAGAAGUAGAGGAGCACCGAUCCUUGGCCAUCCAUCGCCAUCAAGCUACUGAUUCCGGUGGAUGGACAGUGAAAUCCAUAGAACCAGAACCUCAUGUUUUAGUUUAAAAUGUAACUUAAUACGGAUAUAUCGAUACGGAUUACGAUUAUAUUAGCUAUAUAUGCAUGUGCAUUGUGUACUUUGUUUGUGAUUCUAUUAGAGCUCCAGGUGCACUACGCCCUGGUCGCAUUGGUACUCAUUUCGUGACUAGUUUAGCGUUAAGCGAGUCUCCUAGCCUCUGCCCAAAGGUUCUCCAACAGCUGUACUAACCAAAAAUGAAACCCGAAGAAACCUAUCAAGUGUGUAGCAUAAAUUCCUAAUACUGUAAUUGAGCAUUAAAUAAAAGAAUCUUUACCAUUGAACUGAA